AUGGGAGCACCGGCUGGGGUGGGGACAGGAGCCCCCCUGCUCCCAUGGCUGCUGCUGCUGCUGGUGAUGUCCCACUCUGCCCACGCAGCCAUCCUGGAGGUGAACGGGAACCUGAGCUGUAGGUGUGCCAAGACAACCUCGGAAUACAUCAGUCCCAAGAAAUGCGAGAGCAUUGAGAUAAGGCCCGUGGGCAGCAGCUGCAGGCGCACGGAGAUCAUAAUUAAAUUAAGAACCUCGAGGAAGGUGUGUGUGAAUCCCGAGGCCCCCUGGGUAAAGAAGCUGCUGAAGCGCAUUGCCAGCAUGAAGAAAAAGUAAGUUUCCUGCUAAGGAAGUUGGUGCCCAGAGCCCCGAGGCGGGCUGGUGGAUGAUGCC